AUGAUGUCACAACUGCAUCACCACUCGCUGAAUGUGAAUAGGCAGAGUGAUAAUCAGAAUACCGUCAACUAUGAUCUCCAGCUUGCUCCAACCGUCUCAAACGAAGGAAUCUUGCCACCUAAUCAAGCCUACUGGUUUAUGGAACCGUACCCAAGUGACAACAAUCCACAGGACGGUUAUUAUUUGCAGCCAGUGCCAGUCCAUGAACCCAACUACGUUCCGCAAGAUUCAUAUCACCAACCAGCCAACUAUGAGCCGAUUCCACCACUCAUGGGAUACAGUUCUGAUAUGGUAGUCCCACAGAGCAAUGCUCAAUACUAUGUGGGUCAUGACAAUCAACAAGCCUAUCAAUUCGGAUAUCCGACGGACCCAGCCAAUUCGACACAGAUAAUGGAUUCCAACUUCAACAUGGUACCACAGAUUGGAAUGAAUCCAACAUAUGAUCCCGCUUCUUAUUGUAAUCUUCAGAUGAGCACAAACUACCAAAUGCCAGCUAAUCAAACCUUCGGACAAUACACAAGUGAUCAUAAUGCAACAGGAAUGGUCCCGUAUAACGACCAGGAUUUCUGGAAUUCUGGAAUCGCCAACUACCAAAUGAUGCCAGAGCCCAUCCAGAUAAACACUACACAUUCAAAUGACCAUAUUUAUGCUCACGGACAACCAGAACAUAACUCAACUGGAAGCUCCGCCUAUCAUAUGACUUCUAUGGUCUCUACAUAUUCCAACAGUAAGGAUAUAGGUUCAUACGGUCAUGGUCCAGAGCAAACGCCGAUAAACACAAACCAUUCAAAUGGUCAGAAUUAUGGUCGCGGACCACUAGAACAAAAUUCAAGUAGAAGCUCCGCCUCCCAGAUGACUCCUAUGGUCACUGCACAUUCCAACGGUCACCAGAUGCCCACUACACAUUUGGAUGGUUACGGUAAUUAUGGUCAUGUUCCGCCAGUGCACAGUUCAAGUGGAAGCUCCGCCUCCCAGAUGGCUUCCAUGGUCCCUGCACAUUCCAAUGGUCAGAAUUUCAACCAAUAUUGUCAUGGUUUAGCAGAACAGACUUCUAAAGUUUCCUCCAAUGUUCCAGUAUACUGUAAUUCUGUUGCUGCUUCCGGAAACCAGCCAACGAAUCCGAUGUCAUAUUCCAACCAGAUGAUUCCGAUGGUCCCUACAGAUUCCAACGGUCAGAAUUUCAGCCAAUAUGCUUAUUUUCCGCCAGAACAGAAUUCGAGUGUUUCCGCUCCAGUGUACUGUAAUCCUGUUGUGGCUCAGGGAAACCAGUCAACGAAUUCGUUUUCAUAUCCCAACCAGAUGACUUCACAGGCUCCAGCCUCGCAUAGUUACUGUAGCCAACCAGUGGGACAAUCUGCAGCGCCAACCCAAUGGACAGCUCCACCUACUGUUCAGAAUGCCCAACAUUUUGCGGAUAAUUUUCCAGAUGUUGGACACUGGGGAGCUUAUGGCGUGUCGAACAAUUCAUCAAAGCCAGAACAAAUCGUUGCUAAACCGGUGACCACUUCAAGGCACCAGAAUUCUGGAAAAUAUGUCUCCAGAUCUGCACAGAACGCUAGCCAUACCUCAAUGAUUCCAAAACAGGCAGCUACACGGAUGAACCAAAAUGGGAACUAUGGCCAGAACAGGUCUGCUUCAAGAUAUAAAACCUCCAAUUCAGGACAACAGGAAUCUCGAAAUUCAUUUGCACAGACUGCUAGCAAGAAUGGAAAUUCCAACUAUCGAAUGAAUCCGAGCCAGCCUGCUACUUCAUCAAAUGUUAACUACCGUACGACGCGAAGAAAUGAUCCAGAGCAAAGAAAUAGAACUGCAAACGGCCCAAUUGGCAAUAUCCCAGAAUUUGACUCUAGAAUACCACCUCCAGUUGGAGAGUGGGGUGUUUAUGGUGCUCACAACCGUGCUUCAAAUGACAACUAUCAGAAAACCAACAAUCUCCAAUCAAAUGGCUUAUCAACAAGUUACAAACCAUCGAGCACUACAAACUACAAAACAGCAGCCAAGCAGACGAGCUCCACGGGAUACACCCCUAACAGAAACCACAAGUCUCAGUUUGAUGAAUACGGAAGAUCUAGACCAUCUAAUCAAGGAAACACGUCUUAUAGUCCACGAACCUCUAGGCCAGCUAACCAGGGAAACGGUUCCCAGAACACCGGACAAUCCAGUUAUCGUCAAGGACCAGCUCCAAGAAACAAUGCUUAUGGACCAUUGACGGUUCAAAUUGAAGAACAAUCCUAUCCAUCAACUCCAUCAACUGAAGAAAGCAAAAGGAACUCCAAAGCAAACUUGGAAGUGGUCCCUAGUGAUCAAAAGACUAUUGAAAUUGGUCCGAGGAAACUGAACGUUAGAACAGUGGUUUGUUCAGAGCAGAUAGUGUUGUUCAUUGAGAUGCCUGCCGGUUACUCCUCCGUCCAAUACUUCAUCUCUACGAAAAUGACUUUUGAAGACGAAUGGACAAUGUUCAAGGUGUAUGGAAACACUCCACGAACCGUAUACCAAAUUCGUACAGUUGCUGGAAAGUCGUAUAACCUCUCUGUAACAUGUCAAUCUAACGAGAAGGUUUUCAUUGGAGAAUGGGGUGGAAAAGUUAGAUCAGUAUUCUCGCAUCAAGAGUUCACUUAUCUUCAUCUCAAAUGUGCCAUAUUCAUUGACUCUAACCAACAAAUCCCUCAAAUGCAAGAAAUCUCCGUGGUCUAUCGAUGUAAACCAAAAGAAUACUGGGAUCAAAUCAAGACGCACUGCCAAAGAAUGAUGUACAAGUACAAUAAAGUGGUGAAUGGACAACCGGCGAAUUUGUUGAAUAGAAGACUUGCUGGAUUAUUCUUUUCGACAUUCAUCAAAUCGGAUGGAUCCCUCCCGAAGACCUCGUUAUUCGGAGAUGUUCGCUUUUCUAUGUCAGCAGGGAUUCUAUUGGAUCCACGUGUUCAUCGACUCUACUUUGGAGACUUCUACUGUAGGUCGAAACGACACUAUGUGACACUUGUUGUAACUAGAAAAGGAUCGGAAGCUGAUAUGUACUGCUUCACGAAUCUUCUCUCCCUACAUCCACUUUUCAAUCCAUAUUUGAAAAUUAUUCAUGACAAUGGCAACUGGAGAUUCUUCGUGGCAACUGCUGUUACUGUUGACCUAUUAUACACGGAAAAUGUUCAUACUUGCUUCGGAAGGCUGUCUCCAGUGGAGCCACGUGGCGGUAACCUUCAUGGAGUCUAUCCGAAUGAUAAGACAUGCAGAAUGUGCAAUUUGUAUCCAAAACAACUUAUGCUCCAUUAA